CACUGGAGCAGGGGCUGGGCCGGCAGGGCGCACGAACCAUGGCGGAAGCGGAAGGGAGUUCGCCGCUCCUAUUGCCGCCGCCGCUGCCUCCCCCGCUCGGUAUGGCGGAAGUGGAGGUGCCGACGGCGGCCGAGACGGACAAGAAGCAACUUAGCGGUGCUGGCAGCGGCGCCAUGGACGUGGAGCGGAGCCGCUUCCCGUACUGCGUGGUGUGGACGCCCAUCCCGGUGCUCACGUGGUUUUUCCCCAUCAUUGGCCACAUGGGCAUCUGCACAUCCACAGGAGUCAUUCGGGACUUUGCUGGCCCCUACUUCGUGUCGGAAGACAACAUGGCCUUUGGGAAGCCUGCCAAGUACUGGAAGCUGGACCCUGCUCAGGUCUACGCCAGCGGGCCCAACGCGUGGGACACCGGUGUGCACGACGCCUCAGAGGAGUACAAGCACCGAAUGCACAAUCUCUGCUGUGACAACUGCCACUCACACGUGGCCUUGGCCCUGAACCUGAUGCGCUACAACAACAGCACCAACUGGAACAUGGUGACGCUCUGCUUCUUCUGCCUGCUCUACGGGAAGUAUGUCAGCGUCGGCGCCUUCGUGAAGACCUGGCUGCCUUUUGUCCUCCUCCUGGGCAUCAUCCUGACCGUCAGCUUGGUCUUUAACCUGCGGUGAUAGCCGCUCCGUGGCCCUGGGCCCACCCAGCUCCUGAGGAGGCAGCCACCACCUCUGUUUCGUCCCAGAUUGUUUGUCCUCGCCCCGAAAGGCAGGGAUGGGCCUGCUGGGUUUGACCCAGGGUCUGGUCUAGGCGGGAUGGAGUAAAAGGCUGAGGGUGAGCUUGGGGCAGAAGCGUUUGCAUUUUGUGCCUAACCGGUUGCUCAGAAGCUCCCGGACCCCUCCAUCCCAGGCUUGAGACCCCCAUCCUCGAGGUACCCUUUGUUCAUCUGUCGGAAAAGCCUUAGUUUCCCUCUGGAGCUGGGCUCCCUCUGCCUCAGCCCAGUGCAUGGCUGGGGAGAGAAGGGCAUUUGGACCCACCAGCCAGGGCAGCCCUGCAUUCUCCUGCCAGAGCUCUGGUCCCAGGACGAGGGCACCCUGAGAAGUCUCCGUGAGCUCGGCGCCCCAGGGCCUGCCUUCUCCACUGGCCACCAGAAUGGCCCAGCAGGACUGACGGACCCCUCAGAUGUUUGUCAGAAGCUGCGCUCGGGGUGGUUUGGGCCCCACAAGCGGGCGGCCUCCAGCCCAUGCAGCACUGUCUUCCCACUCUCCCAGGGCCUGCAAGCCCUUGGGCCUAUCUUCCCCUGAAGUUCGGGGCCUGGGCUCCCCCAACCAGGCUGGAGAAACGAGUGAUAUACCCAAGGUAACCCCUGCAGAUCAGAGCAGUGUCACAAAGCUUGACCUCAGCCCCAGGUGUGGACCUUGCAUUGGUGACUGGACAACCUCCAAGAUGUCGCAGGGCCGUUGGUGCAGCCAGCGCCAUCAGAAGCCUGAAGGAGAGCUGUUUCUGCCCGCCUCCCACAGCUCCCUCUUCUCUCCAAGAUGUGGACGGGCCAUGCCGCCCCUUCACCUCUGCUGCACAGAUUGCUUUGUGCAAGCCUCCCUGGACAGGACAAUAAAGAGUGUGAACUCCGGA